AUGUCAUUGUCAACACUUUCGCCUGUACUAUCAUUGCUUUCGUCAGGAUCGAAUGAAGACAAUCAAAACCCAAGAACUGGUGUAUUUUUGGCAAUUUCGAUUAUAUCGUUGAUUAUUUAUGCCGCAUUAUCAAUUAUUUGUAAGGUCAAAUUCUAUCGAGGAACCGUUAUAUUCUUUUAUAACCCAAUCACACAUAAAUAUUUAAACUAUGAAGUUUUUAUUACAUUUGGCUAUUUCAUUCCAGACAUCAUACCAACAUUAAUUCAAAUUUCAAUUAUUCAUUCAAAUAUGAAAAAUGAACAAGAGGAUCAAACCUAUAUAAAUAUGUUGUAUGAAGAAGAGAAUGACAAUGAAGAUUAUAAUGGUAUGGGCAAUUACGCUUUAAAUGAAAGUUAUUAUGGCGCCAGUCAAGACUACAGUGAUCAGAAUAACAACAGUGGUGGUGGUAAUAACGAGAUUCAAACUAUAGGCGGUGAUGGUUAUAGUUACUAUAAUUCGCCGUCCCGUAAUGGAAGUAACAGUAGUUUCGAUUCCCCAUCUUUUGUAUAUUCACCCUCAGCCAAAAACAUAUGGGAAUCACUCGAAGAUGCACAUAUUGAUCCUAUUAAACUACGUGGUACAAAUACAAGUGUAUAUGUGGGUUUAUCAACUAAUGACUAUCAGAAUAAUUUAAAAAAUUCAGAGGAGGUUUUACAAAAUAUAUUUGGGUCUCAUAAUCAUGCUGCUUCGAACAGAAUUUCAUAUUGCUAUGAUUUUAGAGGUCAAUCUAUGUCUAUCGAUACUGCUUGUAGUAGUUCUUCAACAGCAAUUGCAUUAGGAUAUCAAAGUAUAAUAGAAGGUAGAUCUAAUUAUUCUAUCGUAGCUGGUACCAAUUUGUUAUUGGACGAGACCUUUCCAAAAGCUUACACAUAUUUAAAUAUGCUCAGCAAAAAUGGUCGUUGUAAGGUGUUCAGUGCAGAUGCAGAUGGCUUUGGAAGAUGUGAAGGUGUUUGUGUUGCUGUUUUAAAAAAUCUUGAACAGGCCAUUAAUGAUGGUGAUAGAGUCUAUUGUGUUAUUAAUGGAGUUAAUUCAAAUGCAGAUGGAAACUGUGAUAAAAACAACUUUUAUUCACCAUCAAAAACUAGUCAAUAUGACAAUAUUAAAGAAAUGUUCAGACUAUGUUCAUCACAGGUUACCGAGUCUGAUGUAGAUUUUGUAGAGUGUCAUGGUACAGGUACACCAACUGGCGAUCCUAUUGAAGUUGAAGCAAUUUCCAUGGCAUUUAAACAGUACCACAAUCAACAAAAUCCAUUAUUAAUUGGUUCAUUAAAAUCAAAUAUAGGUCAUGUUGAAUGCUGCUCAGGUAUUGCUUCAUUAAUAAAAUGUUGUUUAAUGUUUAAACAUCGUCAAUUUGCUCCAAACAUUAAUUUUAAUAUACCCAAUCCUGCUAUAAAGUUUGAUGAAUGGAAUUUAAAAGUUAUUACUGAGGUGGAACCAUUUCCAUCAAAUAAAAAAGUAUCGAUGGUGAUUAAUAAUUUUGGUAUCACAGGUUCAAACGUAUGCAUGGUGUUAUCAGAGUUAAGUAGAGAAUCAGAAUCUACAUAUUAUCAAUAUGAAGAAAACAAACAAUAUUUAGUACCAUUCUCAGCCAACAGUAAACAAUCUCUCAAUCUUUAUAUAUCAAGUAUUCAAAAUGAUAUUAACAAUUUAUCAAGAAAUUGUGAAUUUUUUGAUUUUGUCCAAUACCAAAUCUUUUCAAAAUCAACAAAACUUUAUCAAAGAUCAGUAGCAUUAGCCAACAAAUGGUCAAGUUUAAAGAAUACUGAUUCUUUUAUUAAAACAAAUAACUCAAUUACCUCAAAUUUAAAAUUGUCUGAAAAAGAAAAUAUUGACACCAAUAUUUGUUUUAUUUUCAGUGGCCAAGGUACUCAAUGGAAUGGAAUGGGUGAACAGUUGUAUACCAACGAUUCAUACUUUAAAUCAACAAUUGAUUUAAUAGAUUCAAAGCUAAACAAAUAUUACGGAUAUUCAAUAUUAGAGAGGUUAAGAUCAACCAACGAUGAAACAAUUCACCAUCCAAUUAUCGCACAACCAUCAAUUUGUAUGAUUCAAAUCGCUCUUUUUGAAACAUUAACAAAACAAUGGAAUAUUAAUCCAGAUUAUAUAAUCGGUCAUAGUUUGGGGGAAUUAACUUCUCAAUACUUCUCAGGAUCAAUCGAUUUAGACACGUUCUGCUAUAUUCUAUAUCAUAGAUCAAUUGCUCAACAAAAAACAAUAGGAUCAGGCAGAAUGCUAUCAAUAAACAUCAGCAGUGAUCAGUUUAACGAUCAAUUUUCAACAGAAUAUCCAACAAUCGAAAUCGCAUUUAUAACUCAACAAAUUCAAUUUCAAGAUAAAGUUAAAAAAGAUCUAAUUGACCUCAAAUUUGAAUCAUUUAAACCAAAAAUACCAGUAUUAUCAACUAUUUACCAAGAUUUCUUUAAUGGUCAAGAUAAUAAGUUUAAUUCAGAAUAUUGCUUUAGAAAUAUCAGAGAACCAGUUUACUUUACACAAACCAUUCAAAAAUUAUAUCAACACAUUGAAUCCAAUCAAUCAUGCAAAAAUCUAAUUUUUAUUGAACUUUCACCACAUUCAGCAUUAGCCUAUCAUAUUAAACAAAUACAACCACCAUCAACACAAUCAAUUCAAUCAACAGUUUUAACCACAUUAAAUAAAACUAAAGGAGAUAUCAACCAAAUAUCCCAACUAAUAUCCACACUAUACUGCAGUCAUAAUUAUCCAAUUAAUUUUACAAAUCAAUUAAAAACCAUUGACAAAGAUAAUCAAACUUCUUUACAAUAUAAACAUAAAGAUUUAAAUUUACCAAGAUAUCAAUGGGAUGAUAAAAUAUUUUGGAGAGAAGACUCUAAACAGAAGCAAUACAGACUACAUGGCCCUGCUAUUGAAAUAUUAGGAAAUAAAAAUACAACAUCACCAUUUAUAACAUAUAAUACAACUAUUGAUGUAGAAAAACCUCAAUUUCAAUAUUUAAAAGGUCAUCAAGUUAAAGGCAAAUACUAUUUUCCAGGUAGUGGCUACAUAGAAAACAUUAUUAACUCAUUCCCAAAUGAAGAUUUAAUAAUAUCACAUUUAGAAUUCAAAGUACCAUUAAUAUUUAUUGAAGGUGUCAACAAACAACUACAAACCAACAUCUAUCAAACAUCAAAGAAAGACUAUAGAGCUCAGUUUCAUUAUUACGAACCCAAUACAAAUAAAUGGAUUCUAUCAUCUUGUGGUAACUUUCAAACUUUUAGAUUUACCAAUGCAAAUGAAAAGAAAUUGGAUAUUGAACAUUUAAAAUCUAAAUGCAAAUUUACAAUGUUAAACUCUCAAACCUUCUAUGAUCAUAUUAAGGUUAAAACUGGUAUUGUCUACACUGGCUUCUUUAAAUCAGUCAAACAAAGUUUUAUUGGAGAUAAUUGCAUACUAAAUCAAGUUAAAUUUAAUCAUAUUCAUAAUAAUGUCAAAACUAUAAUCGACUGUGCUACUUUAGAUUGCUGUAUUCAUAGUCCUCUGUGUUUAAUUGAAGAAAAUACUCAGUUGGUUUUUGACAGAGUAGAUAAUAUUCAGUUCUAUUCUUCAAACCUACCUAAAAACUAUUCUUCAGAUCUAUUUGUAUUUUCAAAAUACCAUGGAAAAAAAGGUGAUUCAUUCGAGUUUUCAACUACUAUAAUGCUAAAUGAUGGCACAGUUAUCUUUGAAAUUGAAAAGAUUACAAUGACAUCAACAAUACAAGUAAUGGACCCAUUAAAGAUUCAAUACCCACAAGAAGAAUUUCAAACAACAUUUUUACAGUUAAAAGAUUGUGAAGCUGUAACAAAUAUAGAAUUGUUCAAUCAUCAACAAAACAACACUGAGUGGGAUAAAGAAAAUUAUUCCAAGUUUAUUCCUUCAAUCAUUUAUUUCUACAUCAAAAAUAAAAUACCAGAUUUAAAAAUAGAAGAUAUCAAACAUAAUACAAUUCAAAUGCUAAGAGAUAGAUAUUUAAUGAAUCAAAAACAUUCAAGACUAUUUAAUUUUGUAUUUGAAACGAUUAAAGAAUACUAUCAACAAGAGUAUAUAGAAUCUGAAUGGAAUGAAGACAAACUAGUUUUCUGCAAUAUCAUAACAAAAAGCACCAAAAUAAUGGUUGAUCUGUUAUUCCCAUUUGGAGAUAAAGAUUUAUUAGAAACACCAUCGUCACUAUAUGAUAAUGGCCUAUUAGAAGAAUUUUACCUCCAUCCAUACUACACAAGAAAUCAAAAAAUAUUAUCAGAUAUUCUGAUAGAUUCAUUGAAUCCAUUAACCAAGAAAAAGAAUGUUAUUAGAAUUAUAGAGUUUGGUGGUGGAACAGCAUCAUUAUCCUUUGAAAUUUUAAAUAAAAUCAAUCAACUAUUAAAGAGUAAAGAAUCAAAUGAUAUCGAAAUCGAAAUCGAAAUCGAAUAUACUUUUAGUGAUGUCUCCCAAACAUUCAUACCCAGUGCAAAAGAAAAGCUAUCAUCCUUUGGUAUCGAUAAUGUUUCGGUUUUAUUCAAAACAUUGGAUUUAGAAAAUAACCUUAUCAGCAACCAACAACUCAAACCAAACUAUUACGAUUUUGUUGUAAUGUCAAAUGUAAUACAUGUAGUCAAGAAAAUAUCAUUUGGUUUAAAUGAAAUUCAUCAAAUAUUAAAACAUAAUGGAUAUUUACUAUUUAUCGAACCAUGCUACAAAUCUUUAGUUGGAGAUAGUAUAUUUGGUGUUUUUGAUCAAUGGUGGUCAUUCGAAGAUACCGAGAUAAGAACAGACAGAUGCAGUAUGACUGAAGAUCAAUGGUAUAAAGUAUUAUCUGAAAAUAAUUUCAAAAACAUUAAUGUGUCAGAGAGUAAUGGAAUUUCAAACAUUUUAAUCCACUCUCAAAAACAAGAAUCUCAGUCCUUUAUCAAUACAAACAAUAGCAAUAUAAUAGUAUAUAGCGAUAUUAAUAAUAAUAACAACCAAUCAUUUAUAAAUAAUCUUUUAAAAGAUCAAAAAAAUCAAGUUGUUAUAAAUACAAUUGAGCAAUUUAAUAAUAUUUCAAAAGAUAUUAAUCAAAAUACAAUUAUAUACUUUACCAAAACUAUUAAUCAGUUAAAUACCAAUAAUUUUAAACAAAUAUCAUUAGAAUACAUUCAAAUUGUUCAAUAUUUACUUAAAAAUAAAUUAACAUCAACAAAACUAGUUCUAUUAUCAAAAAAUUGUUAUUAUAAAGAAUCAUCAAACUAUUUAGCAUCAUCAGUAACUGGUUCAUUCAGGUUCUUUUUAGAUCAACUCGAUACAUUAUUAUUAUUUUCAAUUGAUUUUGAUGAUAAAUCAUUAAUGAAUAUAAGUAAUAAUCAACUCAUAAAUCAACUCAUUGAUACAAACAAUACAGAAAGAGAGUUUAUUAUAAGAGAAAACAAAGUUUAUAUUGAAAGAAUAAAAUUUGAAACAAAUAUUUUCAAUAAAUACACAUCAAAUUCAAUUGAAAAACUUAAUGGCAAUAAUAAGGAUAAUUUAUAUUCAAUUUUAAAUGAAAAUUUAGAAUUUCAGUUAGAAUCAAAGAAACAAUUAGGUGAAGAUCAAAUAGAAGUUCAAGUUCAAGCAAUUGGCAUUAACUAUAAAGAUUACUUGGCUUAUACUAGAAAUCUACCCGCUGAACUCAUUAAUCACAACUCAGAUAUCCACUCUCCAGAAUUUGGAGCUGAAUGUUCAGGUAUAGUUAAAUCUGUCGGUAAAAAUGUAGAUAAUUUCAAAGUUGGUGACCAUGUCUAUACUCUUAACAACAGAACAUCUUCAAGUACCAUAAUUUUAAACAAAAAUCAAAUAUGCCACAAGCCAAACAAUAUAACAUUUGUUGAAGCAGCUUCAGUACCAGGGGUAUAUACAACAUCAUUUUAUAGUAUAUUCAAAAUUGGGAAGUUGGACAUUGAGGAUCAAGAAUCAAUAUUAAUACAUUCAGCUACUGGUGGUGUAGGUUUAUCAGCUAUCGAAUUGUUAAAAUGGAAAGGAUUCAAAUCACAUUUAUUUGUUACAGUUGGUUCUGAAGAAAAAGAAAAAUAUUUGAAAGAUAGAUACGGAUCACUUAUUACUGGUAUAUAUUCAACUAGAAACAAAGAUUAUGUUCAACAAAUCAAACAAAAACUAAAAGAAUUAGGAUCCAAUAAACAAGGUGUAGAUGUUAUAUUAAACACAUUGCCUGCUGAAUAUUUAGAAUCAAAUUUCAGAUGCUUAAACAAAGGUGGAAGAAUCGUCGAUUUAUCAAUCACUCACCUUAAUCCAAAUGAAUUUAUUGACUUUAACAAAUUUAAAUACAACUAUACCUAUUCAAAUGUUGAGCUUUUACUUUUAGAUUUUGAAUAUAUAAACGAAAUAUUAAAAAAAAUAAGUGAAGGUAUUUCAAAUGGAUCAUUAUCAUUAAUACCAAUUACAGAAUACUCAGUACUCAAUAUCAAAGAAGCAUUCGAAUAUAUAAAUCAAAGAAAACACAUUGGUAAAAUUGUUGUAAACUACGACAAAGAUAUUUCAGAUCACUUAUUACAAAAUAAAUAUGAAGGUACCAAAGAAACAAACCAGCCAAUAAUCAAAUCUAACUACACAAUCAGUUCAGAACUCGGUAAAACUAUAUUAAUUACAGGUCAAAGUGGAAUUGCAUUAGAAAUUAUUAAAUGGAUUUCCAAAUAUUCAAAAUCAGUAGAAAACAUUAUUAUUCUAUCAAAAUCCACAUUAAAAUGGGAAUUAGAAUUAUUAAUGAAUAAAUCAAAAUCCAAUAGCAAUAAAUCCAUCAACUAUUAUUUCAAAAGUGUCGAUGUCGAAUAUCAAGACCAAAUAGAAACAGCCAUCAAUAAUAUAUUCAAUGAACAUCCAUCUAUAAAUAACAUUGAUUCCAUAUUCCAUUAUGCCUUUGUGCAUGAUAUAUGUGAACCAAUAAACAUUGAUACUGAAAGUAUAAACAGAUCACAUGGUGCUAAAACUAUAGGAGCAAUCAAUUUACAUGAAUUAUCAUUGAAAUACAAAUGGAAUGUAAACAACUUCAUAUUGGCAUCAUCUAUUUCAUCAUUAUUUGGUAUUAUGAACCAAUGUACCUAUGUCUCUGCAAAUUGUGUAUUGGAUUCAUUAGCAAAACACAGAAAAUCACUUGGUCUAUCUGCUCUGUCUGUAAAUUGGGGAAACAUUGGCACAUCAGGUAUUGUAGCAAGAAUAGAAUCAAUCGGUCAACUAUUAGAUGGAAUUGGUUUAGAACCUAUCCCAACCAAUAUUCUUUUAGGUGGAUUAGACCUCUUACUUCAAAAUAAACAAAAAUUACAUGAAGAUUACAAUAAUAUAAUAAUAAAUAGAACGAACUUUGAAAAUAUACAAUUUAGCCAUUUAUAUACCCACAAAUUUGGUUUUAAAAUUAACUCUUUAAAUGAUAAAAAGAUAUCAACAAAAGUUAAUAAAAACGAAGAACACAUCGAUGAAUUUCAAAAUGCUGUGCUUUCAAAAUUAGCAGAUUUAUUAUCAAUAAACGAAUCAAAUAUUAAUACAAAUACCAUACUUUCAGACUAUGGAUUCGAUAGUUUAUUGGUGGUACAGGUAAAAAAUUGGUUAGAUAAAAAGUUCAAAAAAAACUUGUUUAAUAUUUCAGAUCUCCAAAAACUUUCUAUUAAUGAUAUUAUAAAAAAAUUAAUUUCACAAUAA